AUGCCUCAAUACAAGUUCGACAGCAGAGUUAAACCACAAGCUCUAGGUGACACUAACCUUUUCAAGCCCAUCAAGGUGGGUGAUGUAGAAUUGGCUCACCGUGUGGUCAUGCCACCCUUGACUAGAAUGAGGGCUACCAAGAAUGUUCCUAGCAAACAGUGGGCUCCUGACUACUAUGCUCAGAGAGCUCAAAGACCAGGAACCUUGAUCAUCACUGAAGCCUCAUUCCCAGCACCAAGAUUUGGUGGUUACGACGAUGCUCCAGGUCUAUGGUCCAAAGAACAACUAGAUAUCUGGAAGGAAAUCUUUAAUCGUAUCCAUGAGAAGAAGUCAUUCGUUUACGUUCAAUUGUGGAACCUGGGUAGACAAGCUGAUCCAGCUCCUUUGGCUAGAGACGGUUUACCUUACGUUUCCGCAUCUGAUGGUGUGUACAUGAGCAAAGAACAAGAAGAAAAUGCUAUUAAGGCUAAUAACCCUCAGCACGGUCUAACUAAGGACGAAAUCAAAGAGUACGUUAAGGAGUUCGUUCAAGCAGCUAAGAACAGUUUGGAGGCUGGUGCUGACGGUGUUGAGAUCCACAGCGCUAACGGUUACCUAUUGAACCAAUUCUUGGAUCCAAUGUCCAACAAGAGAACUGAUGAAUAUGGUGGCUCCAUCGAGAACCGUGCUCGUUUCACUUUAGAAGUUGUGGACGCUAUUGUGGAAGCUGUUGGCGCUAGUAAGGUUGGUAUCCGUUUAUCUCCAUAUGGUGUCUUCGGUACUAUGUCCGGUGGUCAGGAACCUGAAAUUGUUGCUCAAUAUGCUUACGUCGUUGGUGAACUAGAACGUAGAGCUAAGGAAGGUAAGAGAUUAUCUUUCAUCCACUUAGUGGAACCAAGAGUUACUAACCCAUUCAACCCAGAAGGUGAAGGUGUUUACACUGAAGGUUCCAAUGAUUUCGUCUAUUCUAUCUGGAAGGGUGCUGUUGUCCGUGCAGGUGAUUUAGCUCUACACCCUGAAAUCGUUAAAGAUAUGGUUAAGGACAACCGUACUUUAAUCGCUUAUGGUCGUUUUUUCAUCUCUAAUCCCGACAUUGUGGAUCGUGUAGAGAAGGGAUUGCCUUUGACAGCUUACGACAGAAAUACUUUCUAUGCUCCUACCAGCGAAGGUUAUUUGGAUUAUCCAAACUAUGACGAAUGUGUGAAACAGGGUUACACUGCUUAA